GCCAUCUGCAAUACAUUGUUUAGAUCAGCUGCUAUAACCCGUGAUGAUAGAACAUUACGGAUAUAUAUUUAGUUGUUAAUGACUUAACGCUUGAAAAUAAUAACGUUCAUUUCUGACAAUGGGUUCACAUUUCAUCUGUUCAGGAAUUACUCAUCGUAUAUGCUUACGCAUAUGCAGUUUUAUUUUCUAAGUAGGAGAUGGCUCGACCUGCAGAACGAAUGAGGCUGAAAGACAAAAUCAUCGAUAACAUUUCCAAGGCUAUAAAAUCGGUUCGUCUUGACACUCAACCUUAACAAUUACUUAAUAAUUUAGUUAUCAUUUAAUAUAGUUAUGAUAAUUAAAGUAUAAUGAUUCGAUUUCAUGGUAUUAAAUUAUCGUAGUUUCUUAAUCUUAGUGCGCUCAUUUAGUGUUAGUGUUACGAGUAUGAGUCACGUCACUCACUGUUAUUAUUAUUAUGAUAUUAUGAAAUUAAAUUAAAACAAAAUGAUGUAGGCCCUUACAUUAAGUUACAUGUCCUAUUUAAUUGCCUCUUAUUAUUAUUAUUAGAAUUAUGAUAUUAUAUAAUUUAAUGAUAAAUAGUUUAGACAAAAACUGUUAACUUAAUUAGUGGAGUACUAUUAUUUAUAGUAGGCUAAAUAUAAAUAAAUUAAAAUAUAAUUUAGUCAGUUCUAUCAUUAUCAUUAAAGUUAAUGUUAAAGUUAAAGCUUUAGUCUUAGUUUUAGACUUAAGAUUUAGGAUUAGGAACAAAAUAAAAGUUAAAACUGUAAAUAUAGUAAUAGCAAUUAAUUCUAGUAUUAAAUUAUAGGCAGUGUAGCGCGCCGGACGUCUAUCUCCCGCACUAUGUGUCCGGCGACCAAGUCACAUGACCGCCGUAACAAAGUGGCGAGAGAUAUCGUGUCGGUCAGCCUUGUCACGUGACUGCGAAUAAUUCAAAACUAUUGUUAAUUUUAAAAUCUAUUUCUCUACCAAGUAAUGUACUGAGUAUCUUGAAUGCAAAUAAUAGAAAAAGAAACUUAAGUGAAAGUGGCUUGUAAACAUUUUUGUUUAGUUUGUUAUUUUUUGUGUACCAGUAAUCCAUAAAAUAAAUUAGGGGCCAGUGUGGCAACCAAUAAAAGUUAAAGAUUUCAUUUUAAAUUAUUUCAAUUGCUACAAAAUAUUUAAAAACUUCUCAUGAAACUACUGUUGCUGAGGAACAUGAUAAUAUAAAUAUAUACAAAAUAUUUUAAUUAAAAUGGGAAGAAAAAAAAUGACCCUAUCCCCGGUAUAGAUCCUCAAACAUUCCUAUCGUCAAGCAACCACUCUACCACUAGACCAGACAGGAUGUACUAAAUCGUACUUCGUUUGGAAUUAUAAAAACUACUAGCCGUCCGGCCAUGUCCGGCGGUCACGUGACAAGUCGCCGGACAUGUAUCUUGCGCACUACACGUCCGGCGCGCCGGACGUGUAGACACUUCGUAAAUUAUAUUAGUAUUAGUAUUAGUAAAUCAAUGAGUAGGCCUAGUCUAAAAAUAAAUAAUAAUGAUGUGUAAGUGUAAUAAAGGGUUAUAAAAUUGAGGCUAUUGGGCCAUAGAACUCAUCAGUUAUUUUUGGAAUUCUUUUUGGUAAAUGUUACCUGUGUCAUAAAUUCCAUGCAGAGUUCUUUGGUUGAAUGACUUAGGAGGUGUGAUGCAUGCAUACCACUCUUAAGUCUUAGCUUUAAAAAUGUAACUUUAUUAUUAUUAUCAUAAGUAUUGGAGCCUAUCGUAUAAGGGAAUUUACUAAAUCUAUGACUAUGAUAAAAUAAAGAGACUGAUUUAUAUGUUUGUCUAUUAUUGACUAUUGCAGAAAAUUAUGUAGCCCAAUUUAAGGAAUAUUAGGCUAUUAUAUAUGCCUGUGAUUAAUUUGAAUGUUGAGAAAAUUUAAUAUUAUGGGUUAACUUAUUGUUUAAAAAAAUAUGUUAGCAUUAGCAAUACUUUCCUUUCACUGCAUAAUUAACUGUGCUUAGAAACUACUCACGAGGAGCCUCAUUUGAAAACUAACUUUCAUGUCUUUUUAAAAAAAUGUUAGAAUACCUAGGUUGUCUCAAAAUCUAAGUUCUUAAUUUUUUUCCACUACACGAAACUCAGAUUCAGGAAUUGCUCUUCUACCAAGCUAAUGACCCUGUGCUUGGAAGUGGGGCAAGUGAACUUGGUGUUACUUUAGGAAAUGGAGACAGACCCUGUCAUAAACUGUGCGAAAACUUAGACCAUGCCAUGCUUCAUGGGUUAGUUAUAUAAAUUUCAUAUUUUAUCGCUGUAAAUGAUUACCUCAUUAAUAUUUUUAAUGUGCAAGUUAAAUUAUUUUUCACUUUAUUUCCGAUAAGGAAUCAACCAUUACAUUUUUGUAAGAGUUUUAUUCCAAAAAUAAAAAGAUUAUUUUUUAAAUUUCCAUGCAUUAAAUUCUAUGUAUUCUUCAAGUUGCAACACUUGAAAUUUAUUAUAAUGAAUAACAAUAAUAAAUCAGAUGUAUUUAUUAAAAUUAAACAAUUGAGAGAUAAAUUAACAAUGAUACAUCUUUUCAUCAAUAUUUGAAAUUUUUUGCAUCUCUUCAGAUUGAAGGAAGUGACUCAUGGCUACUGGCGAGUUGUUAAACAAUUGUCACACAAAGGCAUGAUCAGGGAUAUAGAGAUACUAGUCAAUGUCACUACUGAUUUGGGUAGAGGUAUGUAAAUAUAUUUGUUAUUUAUUUCUUGCUAAGCCCCUCCCGUGUGAACAUUUUAAAGCCAGUAUGGGGAGAGCGUAGUGUUUAAAGUGGAAUAUUCUGAUGUUGAUUCAAAUUAACAAAAUUUAGGAAAAUGAGCCGUCUUCCUUAAUAACCCAAACCCAUUCCAUGUUAAACAAGAUUCUUGUUUACACAAUAUUCAUUGAUUCGCUCAGAAUCUUAGACACAAUUUUACACAGAUUUGUAUGCAUGUCUUAAAAGAUGUAAAUAGAAAAAUGAGAGAAGAGAUUAUAUAAAAUGCUGAAUGUUUAAUUUAAUAAUUUUUUUGUAUCAACUUUUCAAAUAAAGCUUGAUGUAUUCAGCCCUUUUAAAAAUGUAUAUCUCAUAUAUCUUCAUUGGUUUAAAAGAAAAAGUGACAAGAUCUUGUCUCAUCUGCAGGACGUGCAUGGCUCUAUGCAUCUCUCAAUGAAGGCCUGCUGGAGAGCUACAUCAAACUAUUGGGAGACAAUGACAAGCUUUUAAAGAAAUAUUAUGCAAAGGAUGCCCUGCUACUUGAUGGUGAUGUAAGACCUUUCUUUCCUCAAACAAUUAAAAAGUAUAUUAUACUGUGUCCUCCAUUUACCUGAUCUACUCAAAUUUACUCCUGCAUACAACAACUUUAUUUAUGUAGUAUAUGUAUAAUUUACCAUGUUUUAAUUUUAAAAACGGCCCAUUUCUGACUAUAAUUAUUUUCUCCUAUAACAAUAAAUAAUCUACUAUUUUCAUAAACCUAGUAAAAUCUGAACUACAAGACUCUUAUGUGUUGUUAAUCUAAAGCACAUUGGAAUUAUCUGCGCAUGGGUUAAAUGGUUAAAUAGCGUUUAAUUUAUUUAUUAUUUUUGUAUUUAGUUAAUUAUACCUUAUUUCAUACAAUGAAAUAUAUUUUUAAAUAUCGCUAUCACCUAUGGCCCAACUUUUAGCUUUGAUUAUUCUUAUUUAUUUGUAUUUAAUUUUGUAUUAUUGCCAUUAUAUAUUUUGCGAUAUCCUUUGAUAUAAAUAAUUUUUAAAAAUGUAAUGACAUCUUUAAACAUUAUUAUUCACCCAGUCUUCAUAACAGACCAUGAGAUAAUAUUUUUGGUUGACUGAAUCUUUUUCUCUAACUCAUAAUGAUCUUCUUUGGGGUUUAAAAAUACUUUUCUCUGCAGAGAAUGAAUCAGCUGCUAACCUUGACCUCUGGCCUUGACUGUGUGACAUUUGCAUUAAAUUAUGUAAGCAUUCAUUCAAUGUUUCUAGGAAGUCAUGUGUACAAUUUUCUCGGAACAGAUAUGAAAGAGUUCUAUGCAUAGUAAAGUUAUUCAUGUUUGUACGGUAAAAUAAUAUUUAAAGUGAUUAAAUAAUAAUAAUGAUGAUAGUUAUUUAUUACUUUCUAAAUUGCCAAUUGUGCCACAAGAUGUAAAGGCAAAGUUUUUAACGUAGAGAUGAAAAUAUAUUUUGGAAAAGUUGCUGCGUUUGGGGUAUUUGUGAAAAAUGCUCUUGAUAUUUUAGUUAAAUAAUCUAUGUAAAUAAAUUCUAUAUGUCAAACAAUGAUUCAACUUUUUGUUGUAUCACAUCUCCCAGGACUUGCCCUAUCUUGAUCUAAAUGCCUACCCACCUCGCAGUCGGACUGACACAGAGAUGGAGGGAGAUGUCUACACAGGGUCCCCUGCAUCUCGUAUCAACAGUAUCAGCUUUUUAAGGACCGACAGCAUGAGAUCAGCAUCAGAUGUAACUAAUUAAAACUUAAUGAGAUUUUCUACACCUGUCAUCUGUGUCACAGAUUUCGCAAUCUUUAUGUCAUGCACCGUUUUCUUUUUUAAUACUAAAUAUGACAGCAUCUUUAAAAGCAAUAUUAUUUAUAUAUUUUUGCAGGAUAAAAUCAUAUUUUACUUUUUGGUCUAACUUUUACACUUGAUUUUGAAACUUGGUUCCCUGGGCGAACUCAUCAAUUUUACAUAAAUGUGCUCAAAACUCUUGGGUGUGCCAGAAUUUGAUGGUUCAUAUUAAGCACUGAAAAUAAUCAAGAUUUGUUUUCUAUUUAAUUGAAACUCACAUACUUUUGAACGUAAAGGGUGAUGUCAUUGCACUAAAUUUCACAAAAUGAAUAUAUUUCUUGCUAACCAAACAGUUUGCCCCAAGCUCACCAGACUUCAGAAAUGGACUUCGGAGUGAUUCUGACUGCGCCAGCAUGACCAGCUUGGAUGCUCACUCACAGACGGACCAGGCCUUUCACAUGAGGGCCAGCACAUACUCAGAAGAUUCUGGCUAUCCCAACGACGGCAUCGUCAGCAGCUCCACCAGACAGCGCAGCAUCACUCCCACGGAUGUGUACGUCCAUUCAAAACCCAGGAGUGGAACGCCAAGCGACACUUUGUCGAUGACGUCGCUGGGGUCCGUCGGUGACCCAGACAGGCACCAGCGUUUGGAGAGCAUUGUUCCUGCUGGAGAUGAGGAUAGGGAGAGUGAGUCUCUUGAAGUCAUUCGCAUACCCAAGCCCAAGGAUAGAAGUACCAAACAGAAGAAGAAAAAACAUGCAUCAAGCAAGAAGCGUGCCGCUGAGAAAGUGAGCUCAUCGCAGUCUCAGGGAGAAGCAAAAUCGGGAGAUUCGGCAACAUCACAUUUGUCUUCAAAUCAAACUGAAUCUUCAAAGGUGGUUGGCAAAGAACACAACGGCUCUCAAAAUGCUGAUAAAACAAUGAAAUAUGCACAAAGUUAUGUCACUGAAAGCCAGGGGCCCCAAAGUGUGGCAGAUUCAGAGCACCCUGAUGGUGGCAAAGAGAUCACCGUCGCAUCUUUUCCUCAGUUUGAUUCAGGGGUAGACAUAUGCGGGUUGACGGAAGAAACUGAGCCAAAGACACCAACCGACGUUCGCCGGGCCCGUGAAAAUGGCGACGUCAACUCCUCCGGUGCCCCCACGGAGGAUUCAUCCAGUCACACCAGAGAUGAGACUUCUAGAUUGUCCUGGCAACAAACGAAAGGUCACAUGUCAUCCUUGGCGAAAAUUGAGGGUAAGAUAGCUGAGCUCUGUCAUGUGGAGAAAGGGCACGAGGCUUCAACCCAAAUUAGAACUGCUCACCUGAAUGACAGGAAUGUUCAGGUGACAAAAGACAAACAUUUGGUUGGCUCAAAAGUGGAGGUCAUCGGAGUGAAUCCAGAUUCAGGACAAAAGUCAAGUCCUGACUUGCCACGUCAUCGGGAUGACAACAUGUCUGUUCAAAGCACAUCUAAGACCUCAGGGGUAUCCACUUUAAACAAGUCCAACACAUCUUUGGUUAAUUCCGAGGAUAAAAACAAAGCUGUGACAUCCUACAAACAGGUCAAUAAGUCCUGCCCUGAAGCUGAGCACAACCCGAGAAAUUCAGUCUGGUCAGUCCAGAAUGAUGAAAGGGUCAGUGACGUGGCGGGUGGCCAAUCUGCCCAGGAGCGUGAUGAUGAAUUGGACUUUUAUUCCAACCCUGGCUCCAACAAGGAGAAUGUGGAUUCAAGGGAUCAAACUCAAACCAGAAGUGAGUCCUCAGAAGUGGCUGCCAAUGCUCAGGCAGCCUCACAGCUAAAGGUAAUCUGUUACUGUUGGCAUUGCUCCAAAUGAUUUUUUAGAUGUGACCUUUCCUUGUUUUUAUUUAUUGUUGAGUCAUUUUACUGAACUUGAACAGCUUGACAUUUUUUGUGUGGAAAUAUUAAAGACUUGGAUAAGGAUUUAAUUGUUUUUUUUUAAUAUCCGCUCAGCUGGGGCUUGUGCGUUUUAACCACUAUGUUACUUAAUGUGAACAAUUUGUUUGGUUUCAAAUUUUGGAGGUUACCAUUAGCAAACUUCACCGUGAACUAAAUUGUCUUUCCUUAUUUUCUGCCAUAAUGCAUAAUGCUUUAAAAAAAUUAUUAAUAGCCAUGGCAUCGUCCAAUAACAUAACUUGAAUAUUUCAGGAUUAUGUGGCUUACAUCCUUCAAAGUUCCGAUUCUUCACCAGGAAUGACAGUUAGUGACAAAAUCAACAAAUACGAGGAACAAGUGGAUUUGGCUGUCGAGUAAGGGAAACUAAUAUAUUUUCAAACAUCUUAACUUUAUAACUUUAAAAAAGUAAUGGGAUGCCUUUGGAACGAGAUUUUGUUCUAGCUGCCAUUGUAUACUCUCAAAAAUAUUUUGUGUGUGUAAAGAAUUUCUAUGCUGUGCCAAUGAUCUGAUGGAUGCUCCUUUAUUUGCAAAAAAACCAAAGCAUCGGUGUUAUUUAAGUUUUUUAAUUUUUGGUCUUAUAGCUUAGACAACAACACCAAGCUACAAAUUAUGCUGGACAUCAUGACCCAUGAAGAUGAAAAAUUUAUCCAGGUAUUGACUAUUAAACAUUUUUUAAAAAUAUUCUUAGCACUUGAUGCCCCGUUGACCGAUCUUAACCUUUAAGGAGGUAAAAGUCAUGUGGACAUUUUUUUUUUUAAAACCGAAUGCGCUAUGUAGAUAUUAAGUAUUGUAAUCUCUUGUCCCUACGUUACAAAGAAACGACAAUGUGACUGAAACAAAAAACAAUUUUAUGUGAGGUGGAUGAUAUAAACAAAUAAAUGUAUAUGUCUUCUUUCAAAACAAUAAUGUAAAGCAGUGUUUACCAAAUGCCGGGCCAUGAAAGCAAAGUUACUGGUCGGCGAAAGAAGGGAAAAAAAACGUUUGAAAAUCCAGGGUAGAUUAUUGUGACGUAACAGCGAUAUGCCUAAAACAGUAUAAUAUAUGAAAACUGUGCAGAAAUUUAGAUCUGUUACAUGUUACCUGAAAGCCAGUAAAGGCCAUAAAAAUGUUAGUGGGUCAUGAAGGAGAAGUUUAAAAAAAAAUAACAGUGUCACGAAAAAUAAAGUUUGGGAAACGCUGACAUGAACUAUGAUCAUUUGAAUAAUCUUGAAACAUUCUGGUGCAUCAUGUAGUGUCUUCACUGAUCUUGCCAGAUCCCAAAGUCGUUUAAAAAAAAUUAAAAAUAAGUUUUGAUCAAAUAGAACCUUUUUAUUGAUCUUGACAAAAUGCAAGUAAACGGAUAACUUUUAGACUGCCCUUUAGUCUUUUGAACAGUUCAUGAAUAAUUUUUUCAUUGUAAUAAAUUAUUACUUUUGAGGUUUACAAAAAAUUAUUUUCAGAUGUAUGCAUCCAGGGAAAAUCAGGUUGAAGGGGAUUCCAGUGUGGUCUAUAUUCUUAUAUCAGAUCAAUGCCUCUACCUGCUCAAGUACAGAGAAGCCAGUCGAAAGUUUGUUCUCCACUCUAGCGCCAUGUUGGUGGAUCUGAUAUUUAUUAGUGUAAGUGUCUAAAGAUAGAGCUCUUCCAUUGCUAAGCAAAGAACCUCAUUGAGAUCUCCAAACUCACACAUUUGAUUUUCUAAUUAUUUGCCGUUUCUGGUUUUGUUCUGUCUUCAAGCAUUUUAGCCGAAAAAUCCUUUUAAUUGUCCCAUCUUUUCAUUUUAAGCCUACUUUAAGAUUUACAGAUUUAUCUAUCGCUAUUUUGACAUAAGUAUCUUCUUUUUGCAAUCCAUUUUAAUAAAUUUUCUAAUUGAAGUAAAAGUUUUGAGUUAACUCUUUGACUCAGGUGAGCCGACUGUACAGACUUGCAGAUAUUCUGCUUCUGUCCAUAAGCUGAUCGUACCAGCUCACGAUUUAACAAUAAUUUUGUAAAAAAAAAAUUUAAAAAAAUGGAAGUACCAGUAGUUUAAAGGUUAGGUGUCACCUUACCAUGUUGUUUGAGCCAUUUUGCUGCAUGAUUCAAUAAGCUGUUACAUGUUUACAGGCUGAUUUGGUUUACUUUGAUUGAAUUUCCGAGUGCCUAUUUUCUGAUUUCUCAAUUUGAGCCAAGCGAACCAAGAAUAUGCCCCCGUUUUAGACUUACUGCUAGUGAAGCUCUAGAGAAAUAUUCAAACACUGCAAUAUGAUAGAAAAAAUAAUAAGUUGUUUUACAUCUCAGACGUCUGAGUAAGAGAGAUGUCGACAACCACAUGUUGAAAGUUGGUGUGACAGAUGUAUCAUCAGUGGAGGGGGGAAGGAGGUCAUUGGCCUGAACUAAAGUUGGAAUACAUUUACACCAAGAGCCAGAGGAUGGUUCAUACAGUUUUGCUAAAACUAACGAACCUGAGCUGUUCACUGAUGCUUGUAACAGUACCGAUGUCAUCCGCUUGCCAACAACUGAAACUUUACGAGUCUGUGUGGACGACAAGCCUCAGUUAUCUAAAGGGAGUGGUGAGAAGUGGACAGAACAGCAGAUAAUUGUUGAACUCAGAAAGUCACAAUGUUUAUCCAAGUCUACACUACAGAACACAAACUAAACGUAAAGAUUGUCUGUUAAGCCAUAUCAACAUCACACUACACAAACUCAAAGUAUAGAUUGUCUGUAAAGCCAUAUCCACAUCACACUACACAAACUCAAAGUAUUGAUUGUCUUAUCCUCAUGACAGAUGACACCUCACUGGAUUUUAUUAUCUGUGUGCAAAUAAAACCUUGACAACUAAAGAAAUCACGACUCAGUGUUUGGAAAUUUCAAGUGUGCAACCGGACAGGAUUAUGAAAUUUUGAGCCAUUUCAAAUAACUGUAAAAGAACACACAAAUUCUGCCCAAAAGACUACUACUCAAAUGUGUCUGUAAUAGUCCAUGAAGAUGGUGAAUCAAAUGUGAUUUCAGUCAAUACUGAAUAUACUCUGUUGUCAACAUGACAGUCAGAAAAAAGCAGAGCCUCUACUGGAAUGAUUCUAGUUUUUUUUUUUUUUCUACUAAGACUAUGGAAGUUUAUCGAAAUCCUGAUUCAUUGGAUCAAAAAGACUCAGAGAGUGAGGCUGAUGAGUUGAGCAACUCUUCCUCACUCUAACCAAAACACACCUUUAGAUAUUACUAAGAUUCACCUACAGCCUCUCAUCCUAACGUUGAUCCCUAUUCUAUCCCUAUUCUUAACUGGUGUCGGGAAAAUUACGCUCAGGGCAAUGGCAAUGUGAUUAGGUUAUGUUUUUAUUGUAACUUUGCUGCUCUGAUUUUUAUACCAUGGUGUGUUUUACUACAAAGCGUGCUAUUUCUUUAUUUCCACUAAUUUUGAAAACCUUUGGAUGUUUUAUUGUUCAUUAGAUUAAUUUUUGUAUCAGUCUAAUAAUGUUAGGAGUGAUCUUUUUUUUAAAGGGAUAAAUUAUAAACUGAUGGUGUGCAGAUUUUCAAUAAUUUUUACUAUCAAUUUGUCCUUUUUUUAAAAAUUAACUAAUAAACAAAAUUCUUGUUACAAUUCCAAACAAUGUAUAAUGACGACAUUCAAUUCCCUUUCAAAUGAUGGAUAACACUUCAGGUCUAGCAUUUAUAUUAUGGUUCAGAUAAUUAGAAAAUGAUCUGAUGGUAGUUAAUGAAAAUUUAUUAUUUGUUUUUCUGAAGCUAUAUGGUUUACUGAAUUGUGUAAUUAUAUUCUUCGAUAAAAAUUGAGGAAAAUCUGAAGAUAUAUUGUUUAUUUGAAAUAAAUAUAUAGAUCUAGUACUUUGACAUUUGGGAAUUAUUAUUUCAAUACAUUUUUUGGUCUGCUGUCAAGGAAAUUCUUUUUUUUUAAUAGUCCAAAUUUACAUCAACAGACAAGUAAAUUCAAUUUCUUUUCCAUUGAUAUACAAUACUUGGGGUCUAUCUCUUAUAAUAAUCCCAGGAUUUAGAUUUAAGUUUAAAAGUGGUCUUGUUUUUUGCUAUGUAUGACAGUGCUUGGUAAAACCAUAGAAAUAAGACCGGGGAGUUAAUGAGUGAAUUUUUAUUUUAAAAAAUUUUUUUGGCCAAAUAUUUAUUAUUUUAAGAUUUCAUUGUUAUUGUUAAAUUUUGUUUGGCUAUUAAUAUACCAUUUUUAUCAACAAAUUAUUGCUUUGGUUAUUCUUCAAGUUUCAUGCUGAUUAUGUCCAUUUCUUUCUCAGACGGGCCUCAAUGACCAGACAAUGAAUAUAGAAAGUCGUGGGAAAAACAAGCAGAAGCAGCGGCUCUUCAUCACACCUGGCCACCAGGCCCUGACAAAGUAAGAAGAAAGUCUUCCAGGUUAAUUUGUGUUUAAACCCAAUUCUAAGAAUUUAUAUUGUUUCUGGGCUGUAUGAUAAAAUGAUGGGCCAGACAAUAUUUGAAUCUCUGCUUUGAGAUUUUGUGUACAUUCCUUGAUUAUUUGUUAGAGAUUAAUGGGCAGUGCAGUAAAAUGUUGAAUAUUUUGUUAAGGGCUUUAACUGUGCAAUUAUCCGAGUUGUGUACAGCCAAAAAGGAAUGUUCAAAUAUAUUAACAUUUUUAAUUAUAAAUAGGGCUGUUAUUCAAUAUUACUUUUUUGUUAUAAUAUUACAAAGUUUUUGGUUUUUUUAAGAAGUGUGUGUUUUUUUGCAUCUUCCACUAAGUUAGCAUUCUGUGUUUUUUUUAGAGCCAUCCUGACAUGUCUGACUGAGGCUGUAAGAAAAGCAAAUGAAAACUUCACCUCUGUAAGAUCAAGGUUUAGUGUUGGGAGUGAGGUCCCUUUGCAGAAAAUUGCCCUGAGGAAAUACAUCUCUAAGGAGCUUCACUGUGAAGUAAGCAAGUUGUAUUGCAGAACUAGCAAACUGUUAGUCAUGCUUUAAAAACCUUUUUUAAAAAACCCCCCCCCCCCCCCCAAUCAAUGGUAACAUUUAAAAUGAUAAAUAUAUCUCAAUCACUUCCAAAUAUAGAAAGUUUUGAUUGUUGUAAAAUGUACAUUUAGAUGGGCAGACAGAAAGUGAUGGCAACCAGUAGGUGGAGCUGUGUUUCUAUAUAAAUAAAUUCAUCUCUUUCCAUCCACAAGUGCUAUGUAAGAUGAAUAAUUGUUUGCUUCUAUAUCUUUCUCCAGACCACUGAUGUGAGCAUCAAUGACUAUUCUCUUGUGUUUUGGGAAGAUCCAUCUAGCUCCCCCAGCCAUCAAGCAGAUGGCUCUCACAAGGCAGGGAAGCUACUCCUACGGACACAAGACCCCAUCAAAGGUUUUGUGUGGAAACCUGUCUAUGUGGUGAUCAAGUAAGAAGGGAUAUCCAUUGUUUCAUCAUCUCUUACUGCAAGGUGUGGUGGUGGGUUGAUCUGUUUUUACGAUUGGUUGUGUAUGGCCAUAAAUGACAUGGAUAUCAGUUCAGGCAUUUGCCACAGGUCCAGUGUUAGACAAUGAUGGAUGGCGGAUUCGUACAAAACACAAGAUAUAUCAAUUGUUUGAAGACCCACCCAGGCAGAUUGUGCUGGACGGAACAACUUGAGAGGAUGCAAGAUUGUAGAGCAGCAAAAGUGAUCUACAGGCAUAAAACUAGGGGCAGGCGGCUCACUUGUCAACCAAGUCUGAGGUGGACUGAAGAUGUAACAUUGAAGGUUGGGGUCGUCCACUGCCACACAUGUGGAAAACUUACAAAUUACUGCUGCAGCACAAAAUUCUUGAUGGCAUAUGAUCCCUCGGCAUGGUACCUGUAUUACCAGCAUUUGAUGGGCAUGUGCCAACGGCAAUAGUAAGAAAAUUUCAUGAAGUUAAUAUGACACGUUAAGAUGAUUGGGGUCGGAUUUAACUCCCCUUCUUUGGGGAUUUGUUAUUAGCCGGGGGUCCGCGCAUGGAGAUGGAAAGCUAUGAUCCGUCCGAAUGGAAGGAUGUGUUGAAGCAGGCCGGGGCUCUACACAGGCUGUUGCGCCACAGAUGAUGAUAAUGUUUGCCACUGGAGGUGGGGUGUGGGGAUAACAGUGAGGAUGGGUGGGGUGGUAUCCAGUCCAAUUUUGCUUUUUUCAUGUCAAGUUUCAUGGAAAUAAAAAACAUUAUAACAAUUUUAAAAAGAUAUUUAUUUAAGUCCUAGUGUCAUGCUAAGAUGUCCAUUAUUUUAAAUAUUAACUGAAUUUAAUUUUCAAGACUUGGUAAAAAAAACAAAAAACAUUCUUCUAAACAUUUUCAGAAAUUCAAUGCUGACCGUGUCAAACAACAAGUCUGACCCCCGCCCCCACUCGUACCUGGGCCUCGGGGGCGACCAGUGCGUCGGAUGUCGUCACAUCUCGUUACAGGACCGGAACAACUGUGUUGAGCUCGUCACAGCCAACGGAGGGAGCUGGUUCCUGUCGGCGGCUUCAGAGACUGAGAUCAUGGAAUGGGGGCACGCACUGUGUCUCGCUGUCUCGCAGGGCAUGGAGGUACUCACCCGGCUCUGAAAUGUUGAUUGUUAACACCAACCCAACACCAACUCAACACCAACUCAACACCCUAACGCACUCACAAUAAAUAUGCUCUGACAAUUUUACCUUAAUUCUUUUAACAAAAAUAGGGAUAUACUGACUUCUUUAACAAAAUAGGUAUACACUGAAUUCUUUAACAUAAUAAGGAUUGAAAUGUCUUCAACAAAAUAAGGAAAAUACUUUAUUUACUGUAGGUCAAUACAUUUUACCUUUUUUUGCAUACAAAUCCCUUUUAAACACAUUUGGAUAUUAGAUUUUUAAGUAUUGUUUAAGUGCGACCCCACAAAUUUAUAAUUGUUAUAUAUUGUUAGAACAGUGUGACCCAAAAAUUUAUAAUAGUCACACAUUGUUUAAACAAUAUGACCCCACAAAUUUAUAAUGGUCACAUAUUGUUUAAACAAUGUGACCCCACAAAUUUAUAAGCUUAUACGUGUUCAAACAGCUAUAGCUUGUAAGGUCACAUUCAUUAUUGGUGUUUAAAGUCCUGGCCUUACAUUGAAUUUAGGACAGCAGUUCACUGAGGACUUGCGUGCCGUGCUGUUCUGUCCUGUCCUGCAGCCGGCUGUUCAUGUGCCAUGAAGAUCUGCAGACCAAAUUUUUCCGCACCCUUGGCCGGGCCCAAGUUGAGGACAUCACAAGUCUCAGGCUGUCUGCCGAAGAUUCCACCUACUGUGUCAUUGUAAGGUUCAGUUUUAUACUUUUUAAUAAACCCAAUCAUCUCAAAGAUAUUUUUACCAUUAAAUUUAUGAUAACAAAUCUUACAUCACUUCCAAAUUAAGUAAACUAUGAUUUAUACUUCAUUGAUUAAACAAUUAGUGCAUUGUCCGUCGUCCCCCCCCCUCGCCUGAUUAAACAAUCGGUGCAUUGUCCCCCUUGAUUUUAAUUUUUUUUUUAAUUUGUUAAGUGAAGUGAAAUGUUGAUGUGCUAUCACAUCACAAACUAAAUAUAGAUAUAAACAUGAGUUGCAGUAAGCUCUAAUUAUUAACAGUAGUUCUUGCCCUUACUCUCCAUGAACCUUACACACUUUUGAAUGGCUCUUCUACUCUUAUGCAUUCCAGGAAUUUGAGUCCCAAGAACCUGGCGUCUCCAGUGUCCAGUGGGUCUUUUAUUUCACAUCUCCACAAGAUCUGGACAGGUUUAAGGCGGCCCUCACUGCAGUGUGGGGGGAAACAUUCCAGGUAAUUUCCCAGGAUGUCAAAUACCCUUUACAGUCUGAUGUGUAAUGUUUGUUGAUGUGUGAUGUUUGUUGAUGUGUGAUGUUUGUUGAUGUGUGAUGUUUGUUGAUGUAUGAUAUUUGUGUACAUUGUUGCCCCGAGGGAAAAAAAAAAAGCAAUGAGUACCUGUUUGUAAUGAGUCAUACACAAAAAAUAACCACCAGAGUCUAAUAAUUUUUAUUUAAAACUGAAAUGUAAAUCACAUUCGGCCGGCAUAAACAAUUGGUGAGACUCGUAUGAAAUGAAAUAACAUAUCUUUAUUCAGAUUAGCUCAAUGUCUUAACAGCAAUAUAUUUUUGCUAACCAUUGCAUUAUUUGAGACACCACCAGACUCCCCCUGUAUGCACCAGUACUAAAACUCCAACUUAUGAAGAAAAGACAUUACUCCUUGGAGUAUGCAUAAAAAUUUAUUCACUUCAGUCAGUUUAUCGACCAUUUUAAGUUAUUCAUAUUCCAUUCCCCAAUAUUUAACAUUGUGUAACAUUUCUCAUUUUCCUUUUGGCAGGUUGAGCUGCCAAUAUUACCUCUUGACGAUCUCAGCCUCCAGUGGACAUGUCACUCGCACUCCCAACAGUUACAACAACAGCUGAGCUUCAGAUAACACGAGACUGGCAGACAUGUCACUAGGCAGGCAGACCUGUCGUUACCCUAACUGAUGUUUUAAAUCCCAGUGGACUCAAUUCAGCUGUGAUGUUUCUACUAGGACAGCUUCCAGAACAGACAUUUUGUGUCCAGGAUUUUGUAGGCAAUUAGUAUAACUAUUUCCUAAAACAUUUUAAAACCGGGCUACCCCAGGAGCUAAUUGGGCAAUAUCAGGCCCCCUGUGCCAUUUUAUUCUGUGAAGACUUUAUCCAUGAAAGGAUCAACUGAUAAGAUUUGAUCACCCCGCGGUUUUGUUUGCCGUUGGUCUAUGGAGAUUGGAUCACCAGGUUUUUUUGGGUCUGUGGGUCGUCUUUUGACAACAUUAAAAUAUGAUAUUGUCUCUGAUAGGAGGACAAGGUUACCAUUUAUCUGUGAGCUUUUGGCUUGCCUAGUGAAGUGCCAUCUGUGUCAGUGUGCCUCUUUAGUUGUUAUUUGCUCUUUUGUGAAAUAACUGGACAUUGGUAAAUGUGAAAUAAAUGGACAUUGGUGAUUGAUAGUGUGAAAUAAAUGGACAUUGGUGAUUGAUAAUGUGAAAUAAAUGGACAUUGGUGAUUGAUAAUGUGAAAUAAAUGGACAUUGGUAAAUGUGAAAUAAAUGGACAUUGGUAAUGUGAAAUGAAAGGACAUUGGUUAUGUGAAAUAAAAGGACAUUGGUAAUGUGAAAUAAAUGGACAUUGGUAAUUUUUUUUAAUCAUGAUGAAAGGUCAUUGUCCUGGCUGAUCCAAGGUCAGCAUGGCUUCUGUUGAAAUUUUGAAAGGAAAAAAAAAAACUUCACACCAGUCCCUGUGAUUAUUUAUUCAGUACUGAAUAUGCCAGUUUCUGUUUAGUAUUGUUUCCUUAUGUUCUGACACAUGACUAAUUAUUUUAGUCAGCCAUCCCGCGUCUUGUUCCUUCUUUGGUGACAGUGGGAACAUGUGAGAUGUGAUAUCUCUUUAUUUUAUCAUGUUUCCAUGCGUUGACAUUUUUGGGCUAACUCUUUUGCAGCUUGACAUUACAACUGACAUGACACAAAGAGCUGACAUGACACAAAGGGCUGCCUUUACGAAGAGCUGACAUGACAAAGAGUUGACAUUAUAGAGAGAUAAUGUUUCAAACAUCUGACAUUUGCAGAUGUUAAAAUUUGGCUGUACAUAUGGGAAAAACUGCAACUAUAAAUGGCCAGAAAAAGUUUAACAAUCACGAGGACAUGACUGAACGACAUGACUGAACGCAUCCCUAAAAGUUUUGAUCAACUUGGUCAUAAUGAGACUUGUUGGACGUGAUUAAUCAGCAUUUGUCAUGUACACUUGAAGUUAAACAUUUUUGUUGACAAGUAACUUCCCAAUCAGCUGUCUUGACAAUAAUUUCUAGUUCUAUAAACACUAGAUUUUAUGUAGAAAUAUGGUUUACCUGGGCCUGUAUAAAUGUGAAGCUUAACUGUACUCAGCCAGCAACCAUGCGUUGAUGAGAUCAUCCAGAAUAUUGAUCAGGGCAAACACACUGUUGAUCAGUUGUGUUCAAGUUUGCCCAUUAUAGAACUGAUUGAUGUUAAUCGCAUUCUGUUUUUUUGGUUGGUCACCAAUUUUCACAAGUUUGAAUCGCAUGAUUGUUAAAUAACAAAAUGAGAUUUCAAUCUUAUAUUUUGAUCCUAACAAAUUUUGG